GAUCCCCGUGCUUUAGGGUUUCUCUUAGCGGGAAUCGGCGACUUCAGCGUCCGCGAGAAGAGGAGGCGAGGAAGGGAGCGAUUCGAUUCCAGCCAUGGCGGGCGACGAAGGAACCCCACAAACCCCUGCUCGACGAGUCACCAGAUCCUCCUCCGCCACACCCUUAAAACCCUCGCUCGUCACCCCGAAUCUACUACCACCGCCAACGCAUCCUCCUCCUCUGGAAUCACUCUGUACGGAGCCCAUGUCUACGGACGAUCUAUUGGCCCUUCUCCCGGGCCGAAAAUCCCAAAUCCUCGAGUUCUUGCGCGUAAUCGGGCCCCCGAACUCCCCGAUGUUCCCGGUCCUCCUGUACGGCGGUCCUUCGACUGGCAAGACCAUCACGAUUCUCCACGUGUUCCGGCUUUUGCGCCGGCGUUUUGUGUACGCCAGCUGCCGAUCCUGUUACAGCCCUCGGAUCUUGUUCGAGACCGUGUUGAACCAGUUGCUGUGCCAUAGGAGGAGUCGGGAGAAUGGGUAUUCCAGUGCCAAGCGCUGCGAGAGGGCGUCCGAUUUCGUGAAUCUUCUCAGAGAUGCUCUGACCCGGGCGAUAACUGCUCCUAGAGAUGAAAAGAAGAAAUCUUGCUCCAAGGAGGGUCAUCACGGCGAUGGAAUUGGUGAGAUGAUUUAUCUGGUAUUCGACAACGUGGAGCUUAUCAGGUCGUGGGACAAGGGAUCUGAAGUCCUCCCGUUGCUGUUCAGAAUGGCCGAUGUGUUGAAGACUCCUGCAGUCGGUCUGAUUUAUAUAAGUAGGGCAAUGCCUGAUGCUUAUUACUCGAUGACUGGAUCAGUGGAGCCAAUUAGCAUUUACUUCCCUGAUUACACUGUCGAUGAUCUCCAUACCAUAUUCAUGAGAAACCAAGUCAAUCAGAAGUUAUAUUCUUCUUUCUUAAGCAUAGUUUUGAAGCCAUUUUCCAGAGUUACCAAACGUGUUGAUGAGCUAGCAACUGCGUUCGACCCAUUGUUUAAGAAAUAUUGUGAACCACUAACUGAUGUGAACCUGGUUCCCGAUGAGGCCAUGAAGCGAAAGUUAUUUGAUCACCUGCAGCCACACUUGACAGCUUCACUGAAUGAGAUAUUCACGGUUACUCCUUGGUCACUUGUUGAAGUUGCCAAGGAGCGUACUUCCAAGAGGGGACAUAUAAGGAAACUAUGUGGGAAGGAGGUUUUCAGUGAGUUGGAUAUUCAUAUGUCAACCUCUACUAAAUACCUCCUCGUUUCUGCAUUUCUUGCUUCGAGGAACCCAGCUACUCUUGAUGCAGCACUGUUUGACUCUACUGGAGGUUCCAAUAAUCGUAAGCGAAAGAGAAAGAGCACACAUACGUCCUUGGACCAACAAGAGGAUAUGGCAGAAGAAGUUCUCAUGAAGGGACCUGGAACCUUUCCUUUAGAGAGGUUGUUGGCUAUAUUUCAGUGUAUCACAUCAGUGAUGGAUUGUUCCGUUGAGGAAGAUCAGUUCGAAGAUGGAGUGCUGACAGAAGGUUCAAAUGUCUGGCUAAUGUCUGAUGUUCUAUUGCAGUUGUCUACUCUAUGCAAUGCCAAUUUUAUAUGUAAAAGUGGCAACUUCCAGUUAGAAGGUUCAACACGUUAUCGAUCUAUGAUAGACGAAGAUAUGGCCUUGAAGGUGGCAAGGAGUAUAAACUUUCCACUGUCGAAGUACAUAUAUAGAAGAUAGGUUUCCCAUUUGCUAUCAUGGUUUUGGCGGCCUCAAAUGUAAUAUUAUAUAUAAGAAUUGGGACCUGAUCAGAUAAAAAUGCAGAGUUACAGGUAAUAAUUGGACAAAUGGUAGCCAGCUUCUGAAGCUAGAGAAAUGAGUCAUCUUUCAAGGGCUUCAUUACUUUACAUGUCAUAGUUACACCCAUAGUAUGUGUCAUAUGCACCUCUGACUGAUAAUUUGUCUAAGCAGGAUUGAUGACUUAAUGAAGGAUUACACACAAUUCAUUAAUUGGGAGUUGCAUAAGUAGUUGCUAUGCAUGCUGAAUAGAAUUGUGUAAUUGUUAUAUAUUGGUUGCAGUUGAUCUUGUCAAUUCAAACAUUUUUAUGGAUUUUAGUAUGCUCUGCUUUAUGUACUGGAUAUGAUGCACUGAAGGAUCUUUGUUGUGAAUAUAAUCAUGUACAGAAGAUCUUAUGCAAGAAUUUGUAUUAUCCAUCUAACAAAACUGUAUCUAUCUUUGCUAUUUUGCUGUUCAUAGAAAUUGUCUUUUUCUUGUUUAAACUUGAUGGUUCUGGAGAAUAAUUUUCUGACAUACACUUUGAGCUCAAUCUUGAAUAUAUAUUUCAGCCAGAUAAGACAAAGGUAAAGGAAGAUCCUCAACUGAGCAAGUACAUUAGAAACCCAGAAUUUCCCUUUGAAAUGACUUGAUGGAUGUGAAUAGCUGAUCUGGUGAUAAUUUUCUUGGUCUCCAUCUCUACAUAAGGUGAAGUGCUUGCCAAGACCAAAGGUUCCUCCAGAAAGAAGAUUAUCGUAUUUCUAUUUGUGGAAUUUGAAUUGAUUCCUAAAGCUUCUGAGCGUUAAAGUGAUUACUAAAGCUUCACUUGCUGCCGCUUCACAUAGAUCAAGACAGGUUCAUGUAGAAUGGGAGGAACCAAGAUGAUGUGCAAUUCAUUCUAUUAAUCUCUUUGCGGUAUCUUUCCUCCAUCCAUAGUACCAGUGCAAUUACUUACUCUAUAAGCUCGAUUCAGGCACAAGUUUACCAGCAUGGUUCCUGAUUUCAAAGUCAUGAUACAUCAAUGGAGAGUCUAGUGUCCAAACUUCUGCGAGAAAUUUCAUCUUCACAUCAUUAAGACCUGAUGGGGAUGGCAUUUGGAGCUCCAGGGAUGGAAUUUGAUAUGAUGUGCCAUAAUGGCCCUUGUGAUGGAUGUCUUAUUAACUACAAAUUGUGGAGUUUGAAGCUGGAGAACCCCAUUAAACCAUUCAACAGCACAUCGAAGUACAGGUAUCAUCUGACUAAAGCAUGCUAAUCAGGGGGCGAUUCCAACAUUGGCCUUCUGGAUUCUUCCACGUUGAUCAUAAAGGAUAGCUGGACUAUCAUUAACAUUUCUUGAUCAUACAAAGCCAAGUUCUGAUGAACAAUCUCAAUAUAAUGCAACAUAAUUGAUUCAUAGCUUAUUACAUUUACUUCACCCUUCACAUGCAUGGUAAACGAUGACAAAUCCAAGUAUCAAUCAAACACAAUGGAUCAUAGAUAGAUGCCAAUUCAACCAAUCCAACCCGGAAGAAGAGCCCAAUCCUUGUGAAACAACAAGCACACCAAUCAAACACACAAUAUGCCCUGAGUACCGACUCGCAAGCAUUGAUUCAGAUCAGAGUUCGGGGUUUCCUCACAGAGGUGGUUUAGCUGUUGGGGGCGGCAGCGGAGGCCGCGGCCCUCGCCUUGGCAGACUCGACCAUUCGCCGGCUGAUCUCCUGGGAGUACACGUGGAGGACCUCGAUCCCGUCAUCGUCGACUCCGCCGCCGACUGACGCCGCGGAGGCGGCGGAAAAGGCCUCCUCCUCGAUGGUGCCGGCGACGGCGGCGGCCUCGUCUCCGGGGAGGGAGCCGUAGCGCUUGGAGAGGACAGAUUGGGAGGUGAGCGUCUCCACGAGGCGGUGGAGCACCGCCUCCCGCGUCCGCUGCGUCGGAGGCCAGAUCUUGAGGACGAGGAACGGGUAGCCGCCGCCCGCCGCCGUAUUCUUCUCGAUUUCGCCCUUGGCCUCCGCCGCGGCGCCUUCGGCCAUGGAGGGCGAGGGGGCGGUCGACCGGAACGCGAGGGGAGAAGCAAAAGGGGCGAGGUCAGAAGGCUGGCGGCUUUUGUGUUGGGGUCGAAGUGGAACCGAACCGUGUCGGCCCAAUCGAAGUCAGCCGUGUCAGGAUCGUCAAAUCUGGAUCGAAGCCCAAACUUGUGUCCGGUCCAGGUCAAUCCGGACGCAGUUCGAACCAGACCGAGCCCGGUCUGGGUCUGGAUCGAACUGCGGCAACACCACAACAGCCCAAGUCGUCUUCCCGCUGCGUCUGCCCCUCCGCUUCGAUCUCUGGCUCCAUCCGGAGAAAGAAACGCCGGACAAGAAAGGAGCAUGGCCACUUCCAGGCGCUCGAGAGGUUUGCUAAGAGAUCCGAGCUUACUUAUGCAACUAUAGAGAUGACCCCAUCGGUUAUCAUCGCGUGACUUCCUCCUUCUUGGGCGAGAGGGGAAAAAUCCCCAUCGUCCUCUUCAGAUCCUCCGCCUCCUCAAGCUGGUCCUUCUUCCUCUCCUGCUGCUGCUGCUGCUCCGUCUUCUGGGGCGCCCUCCUCUUCAUGCUGGUCCUUGUUCCUCUCCUACUGCUGCUGCUCCGUCUUCCGGGGCGGGAACCUCGGCCCCUGCAGUCUCCGCCGGUGGUACUAUCUGGUCGAGCGGGUUCUUCUGGUGAUAGUUCGUGUUUUCCUUGGGAUCGUUUUGAUCGAAUUAAGAACUCAACGGAGGAGUUUGCAGUUUUCUCUAUAGAUGAACUCUCUGAAUGGUAUAAGCCUUGGGAGCCUUCUCUGGUGGGUCAUUUUUUGCUCCGACCGCCUCCGGCGGAGGUUAUUCGGGCUAUUGUCAGCCGGCUCUGGAACCUAUCUUCCUCAUCGCAGGUUCUCGACAUGGCCCGAGGUUUUUUCUUGUUCAGAUUUGAGUCAAAAAUCGGAUGCCAUGAAAAUGCGUUUACGCUGAUGGAUGGCUCUUCUAAACCGGAGGAGGAGGCCGGAGGGGCUGGUUACUUGCUGCGAUCCAGUACUGGAAAAUGCGUUUGGUCCGGUGGCUCCUUUUGCCGGAUGUUGAUGGCUGGGAGGCAGAUGACCUUUUAAGUUUGGGAUGGAAGCUGCACCGAAUGAGGGAGGGGAUUACUCACUUGGUGGUGGAAUCGGACUGUGAGUUUUUUUUUCUUCUUCUUAUUUUAUGAGUUAUAAAUCUGAUCAUAUUUCUAACUCAUCAUCACAUCUUGCGGCAUGUUGUAGAUUUCUAUAGUAAUAUGUAGUUUGAUAUUUUUGAAGAAAAAAAAGAAAGAAGAGAUGGAUCGAUC